AUGGCUUUUAACGCAGAAGGGACUCCCAACGUUCCAAGAAAUCGAAUCCGGUUAAGGCAAUGCCAACUAUACAUGGAAGGCCGUAUUGGAGGGUCAGCUCAAAACACCCCAAAUGAAAUAUAUACCAGUAAACCUCCCGUCGGGCAUCUUCCCAGACACAAUAACCACAUGCAUCAGCCAGCACCAUUCACAGCCGACGAUAUGGGAACAUAUGGUCAAAAUUUCUCAAAUCAAAUGGCUCCAAACGGCCCUCGUCCUCCUUUCAUUCCAAUAAACAGCAGUCACUUAAAUGGGACCGCAGAUUACACGGCUAGGAAAAUCUCGGGAAUUCACCAUUUUUACCUUAAUCAAAUGGUUCCUAGUCCAAGUCCCAGUCCACCUUCCUCAUCUUUGACCAGGAAUAUCAGAAUGUUUAGUUUGAGAUAUUCAACUCAAAUGCAUAUGGCUCCUAGUUUUCCUCCCUUGGGACAUAUGCAUGAUCCAAGAAGUAUUAAUGAGUUGUCUUUUGACAACCCGCGUGGUGUAAGAGACAGCGGUCAUUUCAGCCCAUCAUCAUCCUUGAGCAACAACAAUGGGCAGGGUCUCAAUCCAGUCUCCGCUAUCAACAACAAUGGGCAGGGUUUUAAUCCAGUCUCCGCUAUCAACAACAAUGAGCAGGAUCCCCAUCCAGUCACCCUUCACCGCAGAGAACAAGCACAAAAUCCCCCAACACAAUCUCAACACACGUUACACAAUACCCCAAGCCCUCCACCACCACCAAUCCCCCAAACUGCACCAUCUGUCUCCCCGCUCCCAGCUCCUCCAAAAUUCGCACUCAGGACGCGGGAGUUGGAUGUUGCGGGACAUAUGGGUAGUGGGAUCGAAGGAGUACGGAGAACGUCGGAUAGAAUGAGUCCUUCGGGAGACGUAGGUGUUCAGGUUUUGGAAGCACGAAGAAGACGUGAUAGAUGGGGUGGUGCGGGUACGGGUCGCUCAACAAGGAAAGAGGACUUUCCGAGUAAUGGGGCAGCUAAUUGGUGGGCUUGA